GGUACUUUCCCCAAGGCCGGCUUGGCUCAACGUGGGGGCGGGGCGGGGCGCGGAGCGCGCAUGCGCCACAGUGCCAGCGCUCUCCCCGGAUAGAGCGGGGCCCGAGCCUGUCCGCUGUGGUGGUUCCGCUCGCGCUCCCCCGCCGCCAUGUCGGCUACCAUCGAGCGGGAGUUCGAGGAACUGGAUGCUCAGUGUCGCUGGCAGCCGUUAUACUUGGAAAUUCGAAAUGAAUCCCAUGACUAUCCUCAUAGAGUGGCCAAGUUUCCAGAAAACAGAAAUCGAAACAGAUACAGAGAUGUAAGCCCAUAUGAUCACAGUCGUGUUAAACUGCAAAGUACUGAAAAUGAUUAUAUUAAUGCCAGCUUAGUUGACAUAGAAGAGGCACAAAGAAGUUACAUCUUAACACAGGGCCCACUUCCUAACACAUGCUGUCACUUCUGGCUCAUGGUGUGGCAGCAAAAGACCAAAGCAGUUAUCAUGCUAAACCGAACUGUAGAAAAAGAAUCGGUUAAAUGUGCACAGUACUGGCCAACGGAUGACCGAGAGAUGGUGUUUAAGGAAACAGGAUUCAGUGUGAAGCUCUUAUCUGAAGAUGUAAAAUCAUAUUAUACAGUACAUCUACUACAGUUAGAAAAUAUCAAUAGUGGUGAAACCAGAACCAUAUCUCACUUUCAUUAUACCACCUGGCCAGAUUUUGGAGUUCCAGAGUCACCAGCUUCAUUCCUAAAUUUCUUGUUCAAAGUUAGAGAAUCUGGUUCCUUGAGCCCCAACCAUGGCCCUGCAGUGAUCCAUUGUAGCGCGGGCAUCGGGCGCUCUGGGACCUUCUCCCUUGUGGACACCUGCCUUGUUCUGAUGGAAAAAGGAGAGGAUGUUAAUGUGAAACAAUUAUUACUGAACAUGAGAAAGUAUCGAAUGGGACUUAUUCAGACACCAGACCAGCUCAGAUUCUCCUACAUGGCCAUAAUAGAAGGAGCAAAGUACACAAAAGGAGAUUCAAAUAUACAGAAACGGUGGAAAGAACUUUCUAAAGAAGAUUUAUCUCCUGUUUGUGAUCAUUCACAAAACAGAACGAUGACUGAGAAAUACAAUGGGAAGAGAAUAGGUUCAGAAGAUGAGAAGUUAACAGGACUUCCUUCUAAGGUGCAAGAUACUGUGGAAGAGAGCAGUGAGAGCAUUCUACGGAAACGUAUUCGAGAGGAUAGAAAGGCUACGACGGCUCAGAAGGUGCAGCAGAUGAAACAGAGGCUAAAUGAAACUGAACGAAAAAGAAAAAGGUGGUUAUAUUGGCAACCUAUUCUCACUAAGAUGGGGUUUGUGUCAGUCAUUUUGGUUGGCGCUUUGGUUGGCUGGACACUACUUUUUCAGUAAAAUGUCCUAUAAAUUAACAGUUUUACUCAGCAUCUUUCUGCACUAGUAGCUGACAGUGGUGCAUUAAUCUCAAGGGUUUGUUAGCAAAUGCCUCAUACCCCAGAAACAUUGUGCUAGAGUAGACAUCAACCAGAUAAGGGGUAUUCACACUCACAAGCCCAGCAUCUCAGGACUCAGCACUGCAGGCUCCUCUGAGACCCAGACUGUCAAUGGCUCAAAAUAAAGACAAGCAUGCUUGUUGAAAACUGUUACAUCUUACGGCUGUGUUCACAACAGUAUAUUGAGAAAUCCUUUAUCACAAGGAUUGGCUUUUGGAGGUCUUGUGAAUUUUGACCUGCACUUGAUAUAAGCAAUAAACAUUGUGGUUUUUUUUCUACAUUAUUAAUGGAAAGAAAAUAUCCUUUAAACAAUGUAUGUAAUGUGUAAUUUACUGUUGAAAUGGGCAUUACAUCUUUAUAUCCGUAACCAUUUUAGGGUAAAUAUAUUUUAUAAGUACCUAUUUAAUCUUACUUUUGUAGUUAAAUGUACUUUUUGAAGGUUCAAUUUGAAAGUCUGUUACCAUAGAAAAAUAAAUUGUGUUGACUCAGUUGUAUACUGAAUCCAUUUUCCCUUUCCUAAGCAGGCCUUUGAUCGAGGCAGUUGAAACUGAGCAAGAUAUUUCUACUACACAUUCUUAUUUCCUUUCUAUUUUAUGCUUUAUCUUAUUUUUAAAAAACAAUUUUCUAAACAUAUCAUUGAAGGAAAUUGUUUUUUCUAGGAUAGUUAAAUGACAGUAAAAACUUAGUUGAAAAUAGACAAAGAAUUGGCUUCUGCAGGAUGUGGUGGCAUACACGGCGCUCAGGAAGCUAAAACGAAGCCAGCCAAACUACAUAGCACGUUCGUAUUUCUAAAGAUAAAAGAAAAAACAGAGGUGGUGGAGGAGAGACCAGGAAACACCAAGAAUAAGAAAUCAGUUCUUAGCCAUAUUUAGUGACACAAGCCGGUCAUCUCAGCUCUUGGGAGAUAGAGGCAGAGGGCUCACAAGUUCAAGGCCAGCUUCAACUAUAUAGCUAGCCCCAGUGUUUGGGGCCAGCCAAGACUGCAAGAAACACUGUCUCAGAAACUGAAGUGGUUUAAAAAAAAUUGAUUUCUGUAAAGUAAAGCCCAUGCAUGAUUAUACUGUUAAUUUUUUUUUUUUGUGAAAAUGUUAAUGUAAUUACCCAAACAAGAUAAAUUAUGGUUAGUAAGUAAAAGGAACCAGUGUUUUAUACUUUGAUUUCGGUUCACUAGACUGAAAUUUUGAAGUAAAAAAUUUUAAUUUCUUUCUAAGUUCAAUAAAUAGUACGGUGGUGUACAAACUUA